UGAAGUACAUGAUGAGCCCAUUCGAGCUGUCGAUCAUGACAGGAUGACGGACAGUUUGUCUAGCUUUGAAGAUGACAUAACCGAAGGAAACCAAGUUGAUGGAGCUCUUAUUAGCGUAAACAGGUAAUCGUAUUGUCACUUUAUCAAAAUUCAACUGUGUAAGUCAAUGAUCGCUGGGAAGAUUGUGAUUAUGUAUAUUAAUACCGCAUGUUGCCAGCCCGGGGUUGCCAGUUACUAGGGAUUCCGAAACACAAUUAUUACAACGCAGGUUGUUUAUUUGUAGUAAGGAAAACCCUCAGGGAAAUCAUCAGUUAGUGGGUUAAUGAGCAGAUGAAAGUUUGUUUUUAUCGUUUUAGCACCUUGUUCUAAAAUUUGUGAAACUUUCUUUUCUUUUUCGUUCAUAGAAUACAUUAUGAUUGUAUGAACAUAACAGAGUCCAUGCAUUCCUUCCACCAUCCCCAGCGUAUCCAAUCGAUAAUUGAUGACAAUCGAUAUCAAUCAAUACCAAUCGAUAUUGAUAAUCCAACCCUACUGCUAAUAAAUGACCAAUCGAUGGUGGAGAUUUGUGUGGUUGUGGAUUGGUAUUGAUUUUCAAUAACAAUUGAUAGAUAAAUUGAUGUCAGUUGGUAUUGAUUGUUUGCAGAUUGACAGAAUCGGCGCAUAAACAUCACAUCAGUUCUGUACAAAGUAAUUGUAAACACAUUUCGUUUUAAUGCUUUGAAUAUGAACAGGAGAACAAUACUCUCCUCUUUCUCUUCAACGCCCCUUCCACGGGUAUCCGUUUUCCUUUUCCUUUGCUUGAAGAAAGUGCUUAGUUCCUCCUUUUGUUCUUGGAGGGUCUUAAUGGGGUUAACUGUCAGCCAUCAAGCGGCCUAAAAUUUAACUGUCAAAUAGGGUCUGGAAGGGUAUUUUUGGAAUACAGGAUUUGACCAAAAUACGGUGCAGAACUUGGGCAAACGCAAAAAAACUUUACACGAAAUGGGAUUUGACUGCAACCUGGGAAAUGGGAUUCACAAAUAUUUGGGCACGGAAUGUGGGAUUCUUUACCAUGAAAAAAAUGGGGGAUGUAACCAGGGAUUUUCGUGAAAAAGGAGCUGGAAUGCAGGAAUUUCAGCCAAGACAACCUCCAAGACAGAAAGGUUACAACUGUAAUAUUAAGUUAUGUAAACACAAAUUAAUAUUUACUUAAACUAUUGGACUAAAUUCCUAUUUAAUAACUGUCAACCAUCAAAAGCUCUCAAAUUUAACCAUCAACCGUCAAAUCAGCUAUCACCCCAUUGAGCAGGGUUCUCAAUAGAAGGCGGCACCCGGCGAUUGAUCACCGCUUACUUUGGGAUUUAUAGCCGCUUACUUUGUGUUUAAGUCGCUUUUCUUUGCUUUGUUUUGACACCUCUGGCUUUGCUGAAGAGCCUCCUACUUUAUCAGUGAUCACCUCCUACUUAAAAAUCUAUUGAGAACCCUGCAUUUUAAUUUAGACCCUCUUCUUGCAAUUGUUCACCAGCAUAGCUGCUGUGAACUGAGCUGAAAGCCAGUAAUAUUAAGAUAGUGGCUGUAACUUACACUUAUAACUGUUGUUGCAGGAUCUAACAAAACUUAACUUAUAUAUUUGGCAUAAUCAUUGUCAAGGUGCAUAAAAACAGUUUCAAGUUUCUUUGGCGUCAAAUUUGGAAAGUGGGUGACCCACAAGCUUUGAAAUCAUUGUUUUUAAAGUCAUAUUUGAAAUCAUUUGGUCAGUCAGUGGGUCACUUUGUUGUUUUAGUUUCAUCAUUGUCAUUCCCCGUAAGGGAAUAAGAUUUCUGCUCUGCAUAAUAAAGUUAUAAUGCAUACACAUGUUUUGACUUUAUUCGUUAAGGCCCCUUGCACAUGAAUCUGGAUAAUUUUGAAACUGCAUAUGUAUAAUAUAAUUUUUUCACAUGAAUCUGCCUUACAUCCACACAAAACCAGUAGAUCCGCUCACCAAAACAGCAUGUUUCAGAGUGGUUUAAGACCCCUUCCACACAGACAUCAGGAAAACAAAUUUGUGGUGACAAAACUGUCUGGAUUCGUAUGGACAGGGUCUUAAUAACCUUUUUUUGUGAAAUAUUAUGAGAUUGCUAUAUUCAUAAUAAGACAUGUGUGCAAGGCUAGUUUGGGGAAUCUACCAGUUUAUUAUUACAGCCCACAGACAUUUUGUAUCCAGUAAGAAAACAUUAUGUUUCCUGAGUGAUCUGCUAAAAGGUGAUUGCUGACAGCAAAACACAAAACUGUUGACUGAGAAGAGUGCAGUUAUUAUUGAAAUAAGAAGGAAGAAAUACAAAGCAAGAAAUGAAAUUUUAUGGAGUGCAAUUCAGAUGGUAAUCACAUAGUUUUAAAAGACUUUGGCUAUGCUCAGUACACUACAUUAGACAGCUAACUUGCGCCCCCAUGAAAACCAUACCAGAUGGGGCUUCUGUUCAAAAUUACACAAGAACAGUUGCGGUGGCGUGAUUUCAUCCUCGGAGACCCAGGGGCAGAUAGUGGGGGCGACGGAAAGUCUAAACGGGCGGGAAAAUAUGGCACGAAGAAAAGUAAAGAACGGCGAGAAGAGCCCCUGGGGACAAUGUCUUACCAGACCAGUUCCAAACGGUCGUCGCCGUUCUGCCUUCUGAUUGGGCAGAAAAACACAAAAGUUUUCUGGCACCAAUCAGAAGCCAGAACGACCGCGACAGUUUGGAACUGGUCUGGUAAGACAUUGUCCCCAGGGGCUCUUCUCGCCGUUCUUUACUUUUCUUCGUGCCAUAUUUUCCCGCCCGUUUAGACUUUCCGUCGCCCCCACUAUCUGCCCCUGGGUCUCCGAGGAUGGCGUGAUUUCUGUGACAGAGAGAAGCUGCGGCGUGACAAUCCCUAAAGUGGAGAGUCACAUAUAGGUGCUCACAAUAUACUGGGUAGCUUUUCAUGGCGGAACGAAAAGCUAGCUUGUCAAUAGUAUGAAUAGUGCGAUGCUAUCAUAGUGCAAUGCUAUCCCAUUAUUACUUGUAACCAAAUUUUAAUGGGUCAAAAAAUGGUUGCACAGCUAACAGGGUUUCUUCUAGUAGUUUAACUCAUUUAAACUGCAACACAGCUGGUUUUUUCCGAAAAUCACUUUUUAAAGGUGUGAAGCACUACAGUGUUGCAGCUGAGUUCAUUAAUUGAUUGUUCACGUGUUCUUGACUGCACAAAUAAAAUAAAGUUUUGCAGUCUAUCUAGUAUUGUUCUAAACAAUAACUUUAUCAUUGUGCCCAUCUCUUUUUGGUUUGUGGAAGUGUAAAAAAUUAUUAUAUACUAUCAAUUAACUUAUAAAACAAUGAUUGUUAUAAAUUUUGUGAUUGUUAGCCCCUCAGCAUUGCAGUUUGAUGACAUUUUGCACUCCAUUGGUGAGUUUGGUCCGCGGCAAAGGGUUAUUUACAUUGUUUGCUGCGCAGUUGUCAUCAUACCAAGUGGUAUUCAGUUUGCUGGAGGUUUUUUUUUCACUGGUACACCUGAGUUUCAUUGCAUAACACCUGGCGUGAAGUGUGAUUUAAAUAAAUGCUGCACCAACUGUACCAAGUAUCAGUUUACAACAUUCACCAGUGCCGUGACAGAGGUAGGCAUGUUUACCUUCCCUUGCUUGCAUGUUGUGUUUGUUUGUAUGUUGUGUUCAUUUACAGUACAAAAAGGACUAACAAUUGGCAGGUGCUGGCUGCACAGGCCUGUGUGCAGCAGUAUUUAGAGAGAAUUCAAAAAAGAGCUAUAAAAUCAAAAUGCAUAUUUCUAUUCAUGGCUUUGAUACACACUACUAGGAGUAUGUAUGUGAAACACCAUGUGAAAAACGUGUGAAAAAUGUCCUAUUUUCACACUCUUUUCACACGUUUUUCACACACUUUUCACACGCAUUUCACACACAUAUUUCACGUGCAUGUGAAAUUUUGCAUAGUGAAAUAUAUGUGAAAAGGGUGUGAAGCGACGUCAUCCCUUUCACACAUAUUUUCACAUUCACUUCACAUGGGGUUUCACACAGGCUUUCACAUGUAAAUCCUCAUUUAAACUCACACAUAUUUUCAUACACUUCACAUGGGGUUUCACAUGGUCUUUCACAUGUACUUAAUCCUCACUGAAUGGCAAAACAUCUAGAAUUUCACAUGCUACUAAUUCACACAUUAUUUUCACAUACACUUCACAUGGGAUUUCACAUGAGCUUUCACAUGUAAAUCCUCAGAGAUCGGAGAUCAUGAAUGGCAAUAGAAUUUCACUACCCUGCGAGCAGAGGUUUGUUUACACGUAAACAAACCAACUACGCGACAGACAAGCCACCCAAACGACUUUGUAAACGCUAAAAGCCAUGCAAGAAAGAAAACUCCGCUUGCAGGGUAGAAUUUCCCAUACCACUUCACACAAAUUGGGUAUGUUGUUUCACAAGCAGAUAUUCAGUAAAUCAACUAGCUUAGAUCAAUAAAUAUUUACACACAAAUUUACAUUUUCACUUUCCGCUUGCAAUAAAUUUGUCCGAAGUACUGUGAACUGCAUGCAUGGUUGUGUUUUCAUAUAGUCACAAACAACUUCAGGUUUAUAGCCUGAUCUGUUGGUUUAUUUAUAAUUUUAUGGUAUUUUCAGAAGAACUUGAUUUAUAUAAAACUGGCAAAAAGUGAAAAGCAAACUGGAUAGAAUUGAUUGGCAAAGGAAAUUGGUUUCAUAUUAUCAACAUGGUGAAACUCAGUUCAACUGACUCACAUGUCCCCAAAUGAACUUAAAUGUAAAUUUAAGUUACUCCCAAAAGGCACAUAAGGCUAAUGGAAACAUCAAUGUCUAAUCCUGUUUAUUUGUCAAUAUUUAUUGCCUGGAGGAUAAUAAUAAAAACAAAACUUUCUAUCAUGCUCAGUUUUUAUACCUUUAAUUCCUACAUCAAUAAAAUAACUAAUAAUAUACUAAUUUUUGGUUAGAAAUAUUUCUUAUAAAUUGUAAUAAUUAUGAGAGUAAAUGACAUAGUGGCCAAUUUACAAUUUCCCCUUAUUAAGGAAUACCAAGUUACAGAAAUUGAAAAGCAAUCUAGCUCUCAAUGUCAGUGAAAAGACAAAGUAAAUAAACGACUUUGAAAAAUACAAGCACGUUUAUGGAAAAAAAUAAUGCUAAAUGACUGCUUCUUUCAAAGUGGCUGAACAGCUUUCUGAACUGAAGGUCCAAACAUCAGACUAGAUAGAGCUGCCUUUUAUUUUUUACCUUACUGCAGAUGUAUGAAUAUUAUGAAUCGAAGCUCAAAUAAACAAACCUACUCAAAUUUUAUAGGUUUAGUUCAACUCUCAAGUCAUUAUGAAUUAACUGGAAACUGAAUUGCUUCCAACUUGUAGUAUACAUUGCAUGCAUCACGGAAACUUAUGCAUGCUAUUUCUUCUCCUAUUUUAUUUAACAUUGGUCUUGACAAGUCUGCCACAGCCUACUAGCGUCAGAACAUAAAAUUUUCAGAGUAUUCCAUUGACGAUUUGCAACAAAGAGUACAGUUUUUUCUGCAGUAAACAAAAAAGAAUCAAUCAAUGGCAUAUCUGUGCAUGCAUCUUAAAUUAAGAUGUAUCUUUGAAGGUUUAAGCUUACGCAAAGUUAUUAGAAAACCAAAGUAAGCUCUUGUUAACGAACCACAAUAUCAAGAAGAACAUACCUUUCUGCCAUAAUCCAGCUGAGUUGCUGACUUGGAAACAUGCUUUUUGUGAAGAAUUUUGCAAUUGAUCACUUUCUCUCGAAAAUAACAUGGGUAUUAUUGAAAGACAGUCUUUCUAUCUAUCCGAAAGUAACGAAAAUAUUCUGUUUGCAUCGCUGUGUUGCUUGUGAAGUCCGCGUGAAUUUAAACUAUUCAACGGAACUUCAUUUUACAAUUUUCUAUUGGUUGAAAAGCCGCACGUGACAUUGUAAAUCAAAUCGCGCAUGUGCUAAAAUCACGGGGAAGCCUGGGAAACAACAAACAUGGCGGCUAAUCUUGCGACGAAGAAAGUGCACUCGUUUGAGUCGAAGAAGCGGUUAUUUUCAGCAUUAAUUAGAAUAUUCCAGUGCAUUUGAAGUAUUAGAAGCAAGAGAAAGACUUAACAUUGUUCCUUCAAGUUGGGAAACCUUUGAGAAUUUAAGGAAAUGCUGGCCUUCACUACAUGAAUCUAAGUUGCGACUAAUUAAUACGUGUUGUGGACGUUGUUCAUGUUGGAUAAGCUCAGGUACGGAAAGCUGAUUGAACCAAAGACAACUUGAGCAAACCAAGAGCAUGCCAGUCGUUUGCUUCAAGGAAUCAUUAGUUGAACGAACGGUAUCAAAAGAAAACUCAAAAAGCAUGCAAAGCAAGGAACUGUUCGCAUGUUCAAGUGGACUUUAAAUGUUACAACGAGGAACGUUACAGUAAGAAACAAAACAUUCAUAAAGUGUAAGUUACAUAUGUCGUAUAUGUUAGCAAAGUAAGUUUUCUGAUGGAGUAAUAAAAUUAAGUCCGUUUUGUCCUCAAUGAAGAUCUGUUGAAAGAAUGGUUUAAUUCUCAGGAUUUAGCCCUCCCCACUUAACAAAAAUCAUGGUACACAUCUUUCUGGGUGGAAACUCAAGUGGUAAGAUACACAACCCACAAAUUUAGAUGAGACAGUUGAUAAAAUACAUAAAUUUAUAUAGCAUGUUCUAGCAAACAAUGAAGACAAUGAUAUUUGUAAAGAUGCACAUGUGGAUCGGAUACUCGAAAGAUUUUAAUCAAGUCAAACAUAAUGAAGAAUGUACAGUGUAUUCAGGGGUUUCAAAAUGUUUUGAAGUAGGCGCCAACUGUGGAAAAGCAGGCGGCUGUGACAAUCGAGAUUGUUUGUCACAAGCUAAUUGUUAUGACCAGCGCAGCCAGCGAUAUACAGUCGAGUAGCCAGCAGAACUCUAGCCUCCGGCUUGUUUUGAAACCCCUGUGUAUUUAAUAAUAAUUAAUACAGUUAUUGACUGAGAGAUCUGGUUGCAAGCUAGUUCAUGAAAAGAGCUUUGAACGCUAAUUCCAGUCCGCUGCUUUACAAGAGGGUCCUUCUGGGGCAUGGCACUUUGGUAUAUUGGGGUUCACCUUUAAUGGUGAUGAUGAUGAUGAUUUGUAACAGCACGUUUGUUGUGAUCACUUGCCUUAAAGGUCUGAUGCAUUAAAGUAUAGUGAAUUUUCUAGGUUAGUAACAUAUCAAAUCUUAUUCUUCAAAAAUUCAUCACCCUCAUAGUCAACUUAGUUUGAUAUUUAUCAGCUAUGAGCCAUAGAAUGCUAGAUGUGGCAUGGCAUGAAAUUUAAUUUUGCAGUUUUUAUGAGCCAUGAAAUGCCUUUCAUGGGGUAUUCACCAGAAAUUCAUGGCAUUUUCAUAAAAAUAUGGUUCAUGGUGGUUGCAUUUAACAAGCCCUGAAAAAAAUUCACAUGCUCACUCUGACAUGCCUAAAAGUGUUCACAUGCAUGUGAAAAAUUUCACAUGCAUAGCAUCUAUUAUUCAUGUGAAAUUUGAAGUUCACAUGCCUGACAGAAUUGUUUCACAUGUGUGAAAAGAUUUCACAUGUAAUAAAAUGCAUGGAAAAAAGGUUCACACAUAUGACAAAAUUUUUUACAAAAUUUCACAUCCAUGUCAAAAAGUUCACAUGCAUGUGAAAUGCUGAUGUGGUGAACUUGUAUUUUUUCCAACAUUGAUUUCACAUGGUUCCUUUUUUUCACACACUUUUCACACCCUUUUCACACGAUUUUCACACACAUAGCCCUAGUAGUGACACUUACAAUAGUAGACAGGUGUUGGCUGCACAGGACUGUGUGGUUUGAAACAGUGGAGGGCCUAGCUAAUGCUCUUCCUUUUUUCUGCAAAAGGUUACGACCUCAAUUUAUUUGUCAAAAUUUAAAUGGGGCUGCGCUGUGUCAUGGCAGUCCAGUCUAUUUUGUUUGGUUUUUCAGAUUCUUGCCCUCGCUUAUACUUGCUAUUAAGUUGACAGAAUGUGGUGUGUACUUAUUCCGUAAUCAUUGUAGUUGAUGCCCAGAAUGUCCUCAAAAUUGCAUUGCAGAGCUUCCAUGUUUAAUAGUUUUCUUUGGGGACAUGCCUCAGACCCAGCCCCUCCUUUUGUCACAGCCGCCUCUUUAAGGUUGGGCAGACACCUACUUCAAAUCCUAUUGAUCAUGAGAACCCUGAUUAUUGUAUAAGCCUUUACAAUUAAGUCAUAGCACACAUCUACUAUAUCUCUAUCCCAUCAAUAUAAUUCUCAGAAUGUAAGCAGUAGUUUUUCUUUUUUUUUUUUAUUUCUCUUAGUACAACCUCAUCUGUGCCCGAGCCUUUAUAGCUGCAAGUAUACAAGCUGCAUUUUCAGCUGGAUGUUUGGUUGGAUCUUUCCUCUUUGGGGCCAUCUCUGAUUUUUAUGGCAGGCGAUUUUGCAUGCUACUUUGUUCAGUGCUUACAGUAAGUAUUCUUUAUUUACCGGUAUGUCAACGCACUUUGUUUGAUCAUAAUGAAUUUGGAACGGUUCCUCAUAAAGCUCUAAACAACUUAUGUAUUGUCAAAUUAUCCUUUCAAUCACAAGCAAAGUCAAGGCAAUAUGAAAGGAUAAUUAAGCAGUUAAUACAUAAAAGAAGUCUCCUAGGGUGUUUUUUUGUUCGCGUUUUGAUAGUGUGCAUCAGUCAUUAUAAUUGUCAUGGUUUCAAGGGGCAAGGAAAGUUGAAUGACCUUCUUACUUUUUGGUUGUCACGCAAUGUAAUCCUUCCUCAAUGAUGAAUAAUUACAUGGUUUUACAGCUGUUUGAAAGCUAGCGAUCAGUAUUAUGCUUGUGGUGCAAAUUUUGUGGAAUAUUUGGGAAGCAAUCAUAAACAGGAAACAUUGUCACAGACUAGCAAUCUCAGGAGGCACUUGGUUUUAGUCAAUAAAGUAUAGUAGUAGCGUUGAGAAUUAGCUGAUAUAUCAUAAUCAAUCAUCAGUUAUAAUCAAAUUGACCCACAGUUUUCAUCAUUGACUGUAAUCAAAAAAAUCUCUUUAUAUAAUUUAGAAGGCCAUUUGUUUUUCACCUGUGAACAAGGGUAAAGUCAUAAUAUAAACUAAUUUGAUUUUUUUUAACAUUGGACCAUUUUUAUUCUGACGAUCACUUUGGUGUUGUCUUUAAGACAACGAUAAGAACACAUGAAAUAUAAGAAAAAGGGUCAUCAAUGGAUUUUAGUGGCAUCACAUAUUAAUUAGUUUAUUGAAAAGACAACACACAAGUUUCAAUAUUAUUUUUUUCCAAAAUUAUUAUAAUUAUAAUUUUUAAUUUUGUUUUUUUGCAACAAUCAACUGGAAAUUUUCCAUAAUAGUUUAAUAUUGCUUUGCUUAAGGUUUCAAUCAAUGACUGAUUAUAAUCAAUGAUUGGCACACCACUAUUCAGUGGUCAGUCAUACUAAGCUUCAGCCUUAUUAAAUUGCAAGUUAUUUGCAGUGUUUAUCAUUUCAUAGCUGAGUGCAAGUGAUACUGAAAUUAUUGUUCUUGUUUUUAUCUAAUGACAAAUUGUCCCUGCAUGUAUAUCUGUCUGCUUUCGUCAAAACGUAUCCACUAGGUUUUCACCUGGCAUCAGGUGCAGCCUGGCUCCAGGCCAGUGUGGUCCCCAAAAAUGUAUGGGGCUUGCCGUCUUGGUUGGUACAGAUGAAUAGCCCAGGGACUGAGUGCCUUAACACUGGGUGGGUGGAUCAGGCCUGGGGGCAAAACAAGUGGGAUAGGGAGGGGGCUAUUUUGGCACAACCCCUUCACUGUAAGGAGCAGUGUUUACUAGAGGCUUUGACUGGCAAGUACCUUGUUCUUACUCUACCCCAGCCAGGCCUCUGCUGCGAAUAAUUAUCAUGAUAAUUGCGGAGUUCAGUGGGAGGCACAGACAGUCACCCAGUGUCCUGGGUGGGGAGGGUCAAAGUCUUGGUACCUGUACCAAGGACAUAGUUAGCUGAGGACUUGUAGACACUCACUGAAGCCAUGUUUACCUAAGUUCAGUCAGAUACACUGUACCCUGUAGAACAAAUGGAACCUUUGGGAAUUUUAUUUUAGUAUCCUCUGAGCAGACUCACUUUAUUGGGUAUUGUGCAAGUAUCUUGAUGGGGUAAGGGCCACCAACAUGAGUAACAGAAUGGGGUGAUCAGUCACUAUAACUGUAAUAACUAUAACUCACCUUCAAUUAAAUUUUGAACAGUAUAAAAAGACCCACAUUAAAUUUUUAUUUUUAAUCAUUAUUAUCAUUAUUAUUAUUUUUAAUUACUUACGACUUUUAUUGUUGUCCCUCCAGGCAGCAUUCAGUGUUGGUGCUUCUUUCUCCCAUAACAUCAUCCUUUUUGCAAUCCUUCGCUUUGCCACAGCAGCAUCCUUGACUGGUUUCUUUGUCGUCCAGUAUGUAUACAUCCUCGAGCUUGUCGGACCAAGUUUCCGAACCAUGUCUGGGAAGGGCUCAGGGUUUUUUUGGGCCAUUGGAUCAGGUGCGUCUGCGUUACUGGCCUACAACAUUCGGUACUGGCGGACACUGUUGCUAGUGGCCAGCUUUCCUCCUCUACUGUUUGUUGUCUUCUACACGUAAGUUUCAGGGGCACCCAACGAGGAUAUAGUUCAAAACCACUGAACAUAGCAUUGUUGAACGUAUUUUAGUAUUUAAACGGUAGACAUAUGGGUAAUUAUACCAUUUUGUAGAUGUUCGAAAAUCCUAGGAGAGGCAGGCAAGCAAGAAAUUUUACAACAAAUGUUCCGAAAAUUCUAGUUCUCAAAUCGUCUUCCGAACAGAUAUUUUCCCGAAAAUUGGCGUUGGGUGCCCCUGAAGUUUGCUGCCAUUUCAAAUCCGUCUCCUACGCUGUUGCAGAUCUUCUUAAGCGAGGUGCAUGAAGCAGUUCUCUUCCAUGGUCAGUUAGCAGGUGGAGGGGAAUGUUUGACAACCUCAAAGGAUAUCUGCGUGAUUGCAACCGUAAAAAAACAGACACAAAAAAAGGUUCCAUUAACCCUUUGUCCGAAGAAUGACCAAGAUCUGUUUUCUGCUAACCAUGUCAAUACAACAUCGGGUACAAAGGUUACAGGAAUUAAUAAAAUGAUCACCAGCGAAAAAGUGCUUUGAUCUUUUAACAAAUUCUCUCAACUAAUUUUUCAAGAAAAUGUAGGGAAAUUUAUCUGGAGAAUUUGUAUGUGGAUAUUUGGGCUUAAAGGGUUGACCAAGUUUUGUGUAUUUGAUCUCUAUACAGUUAUUAUAUAUGAUUUGAUUACCAUUGUGACAUACAGUAAGCCUGAAGCUGGCACAACGGAGCGAGAGAGAGAGAGAGAGAAAGACCCUGGUUGGGUCUGGUCAUGUGGCUCCAGAACAAAAUUAACUCUGAGGGAGGAGUCCUUUGUCUCACAAUUUUGUGUCUCGUUCACGCAAUGAUCGCGAAGGUCCGCAAACAGAACUGCCACUAGAUAAACAAGUUUAUAAUUUUACCAGAGGAGGGGGGCGUAAGGGGGGUACGAAUACCGCAAUACCGCACAUGGUAGCGAAAGAAUACCGCAAUACCGCAUCAAAAUUUAGCCAAAUACCGAAACCGCAAUUACAAAUGGGAAAAAGUUGACGUUGUCAAUACUACAAAUCCCCCCUCCAAUAAUAAUACUUUUAUGUCAGUGUUUCCAAAUCAAGGUGCGUCAUAAGAUCAUCGCACUCGUUUUGUUCAUAACAUGUAUACGUUUACAUAAAUGAUACAACGGGGGUACCUGGGUUAAUUUUUGCUGGGUAUGUGCCGCUGGCUUCUCCGAGCCCCUACCCCAUUAUAGUCUAUUCUGUGGCCAAUUAUAGACCUCAUCUUAGUCACUUUUGGACAAAUAUUUAAUUUUCGAGAACCCAGCUUGGUCGCUUUCAAUUUUUAUGAAUUGACCAUUUUUUAGAUUGAAUGAAGAACGCUUAACUUUUCAUCUACAGAACAAACAUUCUGGUACGUUUGCUAACCGUAAAUAUGAAGAACUGUCUUACCCCCAAAAAUCAGAAAAUGCGCGACCCCAUUCUAGAAACUCUCUUGAAAAUGCCACCCCAUUAUAGUCACUCCACUCUUGAAAAUGCGGCCCCAUCCAGCGGCACAUCCCCACUGGCCUCUUAUAAGGAAGUAACCCCCGCGCCAUCCCGGGCUGCCAUCAGUGCUAUGUAGGCUAAGCACACACGAAUAUUCAGGCGCAAUAUACGAUCCCCGACUGUGCAGCUAUAGGAAGACACGCAGGUCACGCCGGCUAGCUAGGGAGACCUUUAAGGAUUUGUAUUCUCUUGUCAUGAAAAAGAAGCAGAUCACCGUGACACAACGAUUUUUUCACCGAUUACCGCGACAUAAAAUUUAAACUCACCGCACACCGCUUGGGCUCUGAAAACCGCAAUACCGUACUUUGAAAUAAAAAUUACCGCAACACCGCACCAAAAAAUAGCCAAUACCGCAAUACCGCAAACCCUUACGCCCCCCUCCCAGAGGAGAAAUCAAAAACUCGCGUUGUCGCAGUUCAAUCGACGACACCAAUCGCAAAUAAAAAUCGACGAUCUUGAGUUCUACACAAGCGUGUUUAUAUUGAAGGGAAAGUCCCUCUUUAUUAAACUUGCAUCAUGGAAAGUAUCAAUGUUUGCCUCACAGCGGCUGCUGGUAAUCGGGCCGAAUUAGUAUACUGCAAAACCUACACCAUUAGCGGUCUUAGCGCUUCGGGAGCAGGGAAUUCAUUUUACUGAACCGUCAAAAUAAUAUUUUAGAUCUGUUGACUUAACGGAUAGCUAUAGUCUGAAAUGAAAUGUCAGCUUUCUCCAGCCCCCAACCUUUGUUAUGAUGAGCAAUGGAAAAACGUAUCGCUUUUAGUGGUAGAUAGAGAUAUAUAUAGAACUGACUCGUCCCUAGUCGUUCGUCGACUGGGGACGAGUCAGUGACCACAACGCGACAGAUGACAACAGGAAAUCAUGCAGUGUAAGCAGAGACAAAACAGACAACAUAACCUUCCAAGCGAAAGGCUUUCUUGUACAUGAUCCAUAUGAAAACGUUAUUAGAAAACACAUGCAGCCCAGUGAUUUCUUAAAAUCCUCUAAAGCUAAGCAUACCUAACCCUCCAGAAAAAAUAAAAAAGGAACAAUAAAGAUUGGCGGUCGUACAAGCCAAUUUUUAACAAAGAUGCUUACGGCCAUUCGGUUGAUUUUAAACGAUGACGAAAAAAGCUGAAAGGUCCCAUCGAUAAAAAUAUCGUCUUUUAAGAUUCUGUUUACCUCUCUUCAUUUGAGCAAUCAAACUGUGUCCGGGCGGCGUAUUCUCUCUUCCUGUUGCUUUGACCUAUUUAAUUCAUUUUCGAGGUCGGUGAGGAGGCGACGGUUGAUACAUCUAUUCGGCGCCCUUUGAACUAUAUAAUCGUAGUCUUGAAAACACAUACAUUUGUUUUCUAAUGUGGCCUCCACAACAUAGACAUGGCAAUUCAAAUCCAGUACGUUUCGAUCGGUAUGAAUACCACUGCGUAAUUUAUUUUUGACUGCACAAGCGGCGACUGAAUCCGCGAUUUCCUCUGCAUGCGGCAAUAUUUGACGAGGACAGCAUCCCCGAUAGAUAAACAUCCAGAUAUUCUGAAGUUCGUUACGCUUUCGCUGUCAAGGAAUUUUGUGCAUUAUUUUCGGCGUUCGAGGUUUUGUCUUGGCUAGUCAUGACCUUUAAGACAAGGUCAGGUACACAGUUUCAUGGCUGCACUUUACAUCUACUCUCUGCAGAGACAAAUCUCACCUUAUCCGCCCCUCCCCCAAAUCGUUUGUUUGUAAUCUCCCAGAUUCUGGGAGACACGUGACCAGACCAAACCAGAAUCUCUCGACGAGUAGGAGAGAGAACCUAAGAACGAGGUUGAUCUUCAUAAAAAAUAUCCUUUUUAGUAAGACAGGACUCAGCUUAUACGCGUCUUGUCUAAGAACAGCUCGUAACACCUGUUCUUAGCUAAGCAAAAGAAAACCUCGCAUAAAUGACCCUCGUCUCAAGACGCGAAUGCAUAGUUGCGCAAGUGUUAUUUUAACACGUGCAGUGUUGGAAUGACGUUGCGACAGGCAAUAUGCACGCGAUAUCGUGUCCGUUUCAAGAAAUACGACGCGAAUCAUUUAAGCGACCUGUUCCCGUCUUAUGUGAGACAUGCCCGUAUAAAUGGCAGAGUUCGCGUCUUCUUUAUCCUCAUAUUAAUGGCUCUAUUUUGAACAUUGUUAAUCGCUUAAUUCUUUGGAGGCUGUUCUUAGUAAUACUACCAUGUCAUGACAAUUAAAUGAUGAUGACGACGAAAAUAAUGAUGUUGGUAGUGAUGAUAUGUUGAUGUUGAUGUUGAUGAUGAUGACGACGAUAAUAAUGAUUAUUUGAGCAAAGACAGGGUUUAUUCUAGAGCGUGGCCUUGCGGGAUUUCCUCAAUUUGGAAAAAAAUGCCGCAUGUUGCCGCAUCAAAUGAAAAUAUUAGUCAAAAAAAUGAUAUAAUAAAAAAUAGACCCAAGGAUAAGUACUAUUUUUUUAAAAUAAAGUACAGUAUUCGAAAACAUCAGUGACAACAACACUCAUUUGACGGCCGCUCUAUAAACUUACUUUGAACUUUUGUAACCUCUUACUGUCUCAAUUGUCUUUCUCUUCUUCGUUUGAGUCAUUAUUUCACCAGACAAACAUCCGGGAUUCUGCAGUUUUGAUUCGAGCCCAGGUUUUUUCAGUUGCCCAGAAUGUUCCAAAAUGGCGGCAAAGUGUCUGGCGAGUCCGGCCAAUGUUCAAUGUCAAAAGUCUGAAAAAGCACUCAUUUUCUUUGGGUUUGGUGCCCCCUUUCUUGGACCCUCUUUCUCGAAAAAGGACCCCCUAAAAUUGCAGAAGGGGGCCCAUUUGACCCUCAUUGGCCAAUUUCUAGAAUAAAUCCUGAAGGGCGUUUUUAAAUGAUGCACGUCAACUGGAAAUGAGGCGUUUUCCUUUUAAUAUACGUGUAUCGUGAUGUUACCAAAUUUGUAAUGCCUGGUGUCAUUGCUGUAAUAGAGCCGACCACUUGCCCAAACAUUAAGGCGAGGCCACAGCCGAAUAUUAAUUACAAAAAGUACAGUGAUGCCUUCCGGUUGACGUGCAUCGCUCAUAAACGUCUUUGCCUAAACUCCCUAUUAUUAUUGCUAUAAUGAUAAUGACAAAAAUUAUUGUUAUCAUUUCUUUGUCAUUUCAGAGUACUACCAGAGUCUGCAAGAUGGCUUGUCGUUCAAAAUCGUUUGGACGAAGCUCAUCGUAUUCUGAUGAAAUUUACCGGGAAAAAUUCAGCACCUGUAACCUCUGAUUUUUUGAGAAAUGCCCUGGAAAGAUGCCGGCAAGGUGUUGCUGAGUCAAGGACAGGAAAAACAAGUCAUUCGCCUCUUGAUCUUUUACGGACGUCUCGCAUGCGAAGAAGAAGCGUCAUCCUUUGUUUCUGUUGGUAGGCAUUUUCCAUUCGCAAGUACAAAACAAAAUAGCCGUUUUUACACCAAUUUCCUGCGCGAUUUCUCCAGCGAGUUUGUUACAAACCUGAGAUACACAAUUUUUCCGCGGUACUCUUCGUUUGCAGCGGUAGCAGCGCGUCCUUUACCCCAACAAUUUUUGUUUUGGGGCCAUAGCCUUUUCCAGUAGUUCAAACAGUAGAGUGUAGCACAAAUUCAGAGAGCGGUGGGAAAAAAAAUAAGGACGCAGAUAGGGUGAGGGAGAGGGAGCCUUCCCCCCCCCCCCCUUCGCUGCUUUUCCUGUGCACAUAUCUUUGUGCCGCCCCCACUGUGUGAACACCUAGAACAGGCCAGUGGCGUACGCGUAUAGCCGUCGCGUUUGCUUAAAAAUUGGGACUUAAAGAUCCAACGACGCGACGGCAACGAGAACGUCGCUUAAAAGCAAAUAUUAUUUGCGUUUUUUUCAGUCUUUAUCGCAAUUAUUCCUACCCACUUACUUUGUCAAAUGUAGGUGAACCCUUCUGGAGGUGAAUUCCUAGGAACCAUAUCUAAGUUCAGAAAGAGAAAUUCAAAUUUUGUCGUUGCUUGUUUACGUACUCCAGAAAACGCGAAAGUAGGCAUUUUACGUCGUAGUCGUGCAAAAACGGGAAACGAAAUGUACAAACAAGUGUGAUGCACGUGCAAAGUUGUUGCUUUGCUUAUAAAGAAAAAAAUUACUUAUUUCACGGAAUUCUGCUCUCUAAAGAGUUCAUGUAUUAGAAAAAGUAUUACUUUAAAGUUUAAGAGUUCCUCGAAGAAUAAAUUCACGCUUUUGUACCAAAACUCAGUGCCAGAUGUUUCUGUUGCUUUCCGUCCGCCAUGUUGGUGCUCAUCCGGAUGGGCACCAGCAUGGCGUCUCCAUACAAACCUCUAUUAAUUUUGUGAAAACAUUUCCUCGCAUAUCUCGUAUACAAAAUAUUCCUCUGACCUAAAUCUUGGCGAGAGUCUUUGUUUAUUUACCUCCUUUCAUUUCCCAGAUUCUGGACUUUAUCUAUUGAACGGUUUUGAUUUUUAUUUUGAUCAAUUUUGAAUGACGUGACACUGAAAACCAGCAAUUGAGGGAUUUUCGGUUUCACCAUCUGCGCGUGGGUACGCCAUUUUGAAUUUGCAAAAGUAGCGCUCUCUCGUAGUUGAGUCACCACGCAUCCAUGAAGUCGGUUGGGGUGUUCAUCCUGCGCCGGUCAAAUUUUCGACCGUAUCGGCUGAAAAUGUCACCACGUUUUUGGCGCUCAAAUCUAGAACGACUUGCGUUUAAAUUUUUUUACGGUUAAAAGAGGGUUUGACGCGAAUUUUAUCAAAAAAUUACAGUAGGAACUGCCACCAAAUAGACCUUUUUACCGAUAUUUGUUGGAGAAGAAGCCGUGAUUUUGUCGUUUUGGAGUAGUUUCUUCGUUAACGGAAAGUUCCUUGGCGAAUAAAGACGCGUAAUUGGCGAUAUUAACAGCCGUGACAUUAGGGUGAGAAUUAUCAACCGGUCAGAAAAGCGGUAAACAUAACCAAUGCAAGUUCCUAUUAAUGCGUUAAAUGAUGAAGCUUGUUACGACUCUACCAGUAAUUUAUACUGCGUUUACACUUACCAGAAAGUUUUGCCCUGACAUAAGUUCUCUUUUCAAGUUUUUCUUGAUAUUGAAGAUGAAAAAAUGCUGUGGCAAGUUUCCCCUUGACAAGUCUCUUCGUUUCUUCCAACCCAUGACACUUCUUGCUACAACUGCCGAAGCAGUGCAUUACCAUGAAAAGGACGAACAAAAAAUGACGUUGUAAAAACAGUUGAAAACAUCACGUGGAAAUUUGCCCCGGCGCUUUAACACCUUAUUUGCAUUAACAAAUAUUAAUUAGUUUCCUUUGAAAUGUUUUUCUCUCGCCAACGAUUUCUUUCUUUGGAAAAUCUCGAUCUGCAUUGCGGAUUCUUGCAGACGGGGCCAGGGGACCUUUCAAAUCCAAUUUUUUCAAGGGUGAAUGUGGCGUCAUUAUCUCAGGCAUGUCUGCAUGUUGAUAUAUCAUGGGUUCUCAUUGAUGGCUACUUAGGGUCUGUUUACAUAGAGGUAGGGUACUCCAGAUGGGUGAGGUAACCCACUUAGGUGGGGUAACCCGCCUGCCCAUAUAAUCUCUCAUUUUAACGUGAUCACGUUUACAUGUUAGGUGGGGUAACCCGCCACAUGUUACCUCACCUACCUGGGGUCCCCCACCUUCAUGUAAACAGGCCCCUAGAGAGUUUUUCUGUCCCAUGAGCUGUUCUACAGGCUGAAUUUUUCUUUUCUCCCUUUGUUUUGAUUUAGUAUUUUUAUAAUAAAUAUUAUCAUUACUGUUUAUUUAUAUAUUUAUAUAUACCCCUUACUAAACUAACCAAUCAUAGGGCUCGAAUCAAUUAAGGUACAAAAUAAAUAAGUUUACUUAUUUUUAGUGAGAAUUCCGAUAUUUGGCUUUUCUUUCAUUUUACAGGUGUGUAGCAAGCCUGGUGUUUUACGGAUUUCUGUUGUAUAUAUCAGAUAUAGAGGGAGACCCUUAUCUGAAUUUGGUGAUUAUGUUCGUUGUUAGUGAUGUGCCAGGUACCAUACUAUCGUGGAUAGUGAUACAAAAGUAAGAUUCAGUAAAGUGGUUAUUGUUUUAAAAGUUAAUUCAUCAAAGACCGGUUUUCUUGCAACUCUGGAAGGUUAACAUCUCAAAGGCGAAUUUCAGUGUUUCUUUGCUUGCGACAAAUUUUAUUUGACAGUAUGUUACUGAAAGUAUCGUUUUCAUCCAAAUUGCGUUGUGGCUGGUCCGGAUUUUACCUCCAACAAAGAAGUCGCUGGUUAAAGUUUAAGUAGCAAAUGGAAUACGCCGUCUUGUAUCGAGUUUGGUUCCAGAACUAUUGUUAUUUCUCGUUUUAUGAGGCUUAUGCUUAUGUGGGUUGUCCAAUACACAUAAACACAGCGUCAUAAACAACCCGACUUACUGAUUGAGUCUGUCUGCGAACAUUAAUUUUUCUGGCCCUCUCGGUCAUGUUUAACACCUUACUUCCGGUACCACUAAUCAGAGCGUCUUGUGCUCAUUUCCGGUUCCGGUGGCAAAUCUGAGUCGAAAGGAAAUGUGCAACUUGUGCAGCAUGUGUUGAUCAAAAAAAGUUGCCGGAAACGUAACGUGUAUGGCUUUAUCGUUUCCUGUCAACUGUACUUGUCGAUUGAUUAAGCUUGUAAUUUGAGUAUUCUCAUUUUUACAGAUUUGGGCGCCGUAUCCCUUUCUGUUUGUUUAUGAUAACUGGUGGUCUCGCCUGCCUUCUUGUCCUAAUUGUACCAAAGGGUAUGUAUUAACUCUAAUUAGCCUUUUAGAGCUGAACGCAUCUCUUACACCUGUCGUAUCAGUAAGAUUUGACGUGUUCUUUUAGAGCGUGAUUAAACGGACAACGUUAUGGUUGCGUCGUUGUCCUUUAAUAGUAAUAUGUCCCAUUACGUUCCCAUUGGUAAAUGUGUGCUCACAUUGUGGGUGACUCCUCAGAAAAAAAGUUCUGCGAUUAGUAUAAGAGUUAAUGGAGUCUUAAGAGUGCUUAAGACUCGGUAAAAACCAAAAAUCGGAGUCGAGAGCGGAGUCACAGAAUCGGAGUCGGACGAAUCAGAACUUCUAUCUUCUUCCGACUCUGUCCGUACGUCUCUUAAGAUCUAGUGAAAAAAAAGAUUGUUGGAGUCGAAAAAAAAAAUGUGGCAAGUUUCCCCUCGACAAGUCUCUUCGUUUCUUCCAACCCAUGACACUUCUUGCUACAACUGCCGAAGCAGUGCAUUACCAUGAACAAGACAAACAUAGCCGACAACAUGGUCGGAAUCGGAAGCAAAAGCGGAAGGAUUAACCGUCUAAUCACAAUGCUCGUUUUAAAGCGUUGUUAUUGGUUUAGUUCUUCCGCUUGUACUUGUACUCUGAUAAUCUAGUUCUUACUACUACUACAACUUUCUACGAUUUGAUUACGACUCCGACUUCGACCUCGUGGCUAGUGAAAACCAGCGUAAAGGAGAUACAGUCGAACCUGCAUGUGCGACCACCUCCCAUAAGCGACCGCCUAUCCAAAACACCAAAAUUUCCAGUUAAAGCGCUAUAGGUAGAACCUCUCUUAAACAAACCCCUCCCGUAAGCGACCGCGAGCACUUUUUGUACUGACGGUUUUACAAUUUUCCAUUGUUUUUAAUCUCUUGUAAGCGAACACUUGAUGCAUGACCUGAUCUCUUUGUUCACCUUACGUACUGCACCUUUCAGAGUCUACAAAGAACUCUUGGUGACUAUAUGAAACUCCACAUAUCGUAACUCACAAAUCGCAUGAAAUAAUUUUUUUCCCUAAAAGUAGUUGACCUCUCCUCGGAAGAUACCCCCUUUAGUUCGAUUCUCGCAUGCGGCAAUCUGCCGAAAGCGGCCACUGAAUUCUUCUUGUGGUCGCUUUCUGAAGGUACGACUCUACGGAUUAUUGAGAGUUCACUUUUCGUUCCGGACGCAAAAGAUAAAAAAAAGUUGCUUUAACAAGUAUUGUUAAUCCCUUGUUUCUACAGAGAUGACGCAUAUCAGCAGAGUGUUGGCGUUCAUUGGACGAGCGUUUGUUACCAUGUCUUUUGGCAUUUUGUACCUCUUCAGUAGCGAGCUGUACCCUACCUCAAUCAGGUACUGAAAACAACGUCAUUGUUUUUUCAGGACGGCCGUUCUCCAAUUCUUUCACCACAUAGACGUUUUGGAAAUAUGCUGCUGUUAGGUAAUGAUCAAUUUAGGGGAGCAAGAGUUGCCUCCCAACAAAGUGGCCUGGGUUCAAAUCCCGGCGUCAAUGCCAUAUAUGGGGUUGAGUUUGUCGUUGGUUUUCUCCCGGUACUCCGGUUAUCCUGUUUCCUCAAAAACCAACCAUUGCCAUUUGGUUAUUUGUUGGCCGAAAUACAAGAAAAUUUAGGGUGCUGGGGACGGGGAGGCUUGUUUUGUAGUUACUAUCAUAAUCCUCUUAUUUUCUAACACCCUUUACAAGGAAGACGAUAAAUCGGCGAAAAAGCUCGAUCUAUGGCUUAACUUAUAAAUUGCUUUUUGUAGGAACAUUGCUGUGGGUGUGUGUUCGCUUUCCGCUCGCAUUGGUUCUAUAAUAGCUCCUUAUAUCGUGAUGCUGGUAAGAAAAACUACUUUUUGUGUAGUGAAGUUAAUUACUCCAAGUUUUAAACUUUUCUUAUCUUAUGUCGCUGCAAGGUCUAAGAGCCCAACGGGCCAGUCUAAACUAAAAUUGGGCCAACGUUUUCAAAGUUUUAAUGCCAUCUCUCUCAAAAAUCAUCAAAAACAUUAUUAUGGUAAAUGCUCCCUGAUGAAAAUAGUUUGAAUAGCAUUUUGAGUAUGGGAAAAGGCACUAAGUGAUGACUUCAGCACAGAAUUGACUUAAAACAAUAAUAUCCUCUUUGACGGUUUACGGUCGUUUCGAUACAAAGUCUAUUCAGUUUAGGUGUACUUUGCUUAAAGAACGAAGAAUAUUCACCCAAAAUGUUUCUAAAUGAUCACCUGCAAACUAUGUACUAGAAGAUUUCGGAAUUUUUGUGCAAUAUCACUGCUUGAGUUCGUAUCGAAGCGACUUGUAUCGAAACAACUUGGUAUCGAAACGACCGAAGUCCCCUCUUGACAUGGUUCCUUUACCAUCUUUUUUUUUUUCUAUUUUAAGUCUCAGUUACCAGAACUCAGCGUCACCCUUCCCAUGGUUAUUUUCGGUAUUCUGUCUUUAUCCGCUGGCCUAAUGAUACUGAGGCUCCCGGAGACCCUCAAUUCAAACAUGUGUCAGACGAUAGAGGAAGCAAACCUUGCGAAAGAGUAUUAUGGAUUUAUGUGGAUGGGAAAGCGAGUUGGAAAUCCAUUUCCGUGUUUGAGGUGGGAUAUUGCGAGAAAUACUCUGAAACAAGUCAAAUUGUAUUGAGGAGUCAAAGACAGCAUUUUAUAAUUAACUUAUUAAUUUAAAUAUUUAUCCCCACUAUUUCUUUCUUCUUACGUGUAUACGGGUGGCGAAACAAGAUGGCCGCGAUUUUUCUUCGUGCGAUAUUCCAACGUAAUUUUCAAUAUUUUACUUAUUUUUCUGUCAUGUAAGUCUGUGUUAUUGUCAUUUUUGUGUUCAUAUGUCUGCAAAUCAUAUGACUGUGGAAGAACUAUGAGCGACUUUCGACGAAAAGUACUUCGUAACUUCCAUCCCAACCUCGUCCCCAGGGCUUUUCCCAUUUUUUUAAGGGAAAAGCCCUGGGGAAAAGCCCUGGGGACGAGGUUGCUUCCAUCCUACUUUUUCGCCCCUCUAAUACAGUAAUACGUACUAGUGUAUACAUGUAUGUGUAUAUAGCUGAUUCAAUAAAGGAUGCUUUGGGCAUUGGGAAGCUAUUGUUUGGUGGUCACUCAAGUAAAUAAUUGCAUUGUUCCAUAUGCCAAAAUGCCCAAUGUGCACUUAUCAAUGACCAAUUACCAAAGUAACCUUUUUUGAUUUAGCUGUAUCUGAGUGUUUUUGUGUAUACAGUCUGAUAUGCUGCCAUAUUGUACCCCGCACAAUAAACUUAUUUGAAUUAUUUUUACUGAAUCUGGCUUCUUGGCAUUUUUAACUUAUUAGUCAUAUCAGGAAGUCAGUACCCCUUUUAGUUAAUUGAUUAACUUAGCAACUUGUAAAAUAACUAUAAUAUUCUGCUCUGGGUACAAUAAAUAAAUUUGUUUUGUUGUUGUUGUAAGUUGCACGUUAACAUUGAUUUUGCGGUUGACAACAAUUUUGUUUUUGUUUGAUUGAUUUCUUAUUUUUCUUAACGCACGACUCGAUAAAGCUUUUAUAAGAAAUCUAAUAAAUAAAUUUUGUGUCUUGAAUUGUGGUCCAAAUUCAAAAAAAAAUUUUUGUUUGGUUUGGUUAAGUUAAUGUUUGAGAGAGAGCUGAAAUGCGGAGUGUGGAAAAUGCACUCUUCAUUUUCCCAGCUAACCGAUCCGAGUUGAAUACGAAUUGCUUUGCUUCUCCAAAGGGUUUUUUGUAUGAAGCUGACUCACUUUAGGUCCCAUACCACCUCGGAGGAGCCAAGGCUUUUACAGGAGCUCGGUGACAAUGUUUUAAGGUACUAUUUUGCAACAUUAGUUUGAUCAAUUGAAAAGCACCAGCUUUAGAGGAUUAAGAAUGAGUUAAGAUUGAGGAAAUUACUAUGCAUUACAAGUAUUCGCGAGUGAACUUGCGUGGGAAAGGGCGCGAAAGUUAGAGUGCAAAACUAAGUAAGUGGGGAGGGGAGAGUGCAGAAAAGGGAACCUCUCCCACUCCUUCCUCUUACUUUUUUUCUUUACGCUCUUGGCAAAGCUGUCGAGCUUCAUCAGUUGGCACGUACCGCGCACCAGAGCGUCUCUAUGCUGGUAGAAAAGGGAUCAGCAAAAUGAUUCUAUCAAUACACUAUCAGUGGAAACCUCUCACAUGUCAUGACAGAGGGAGGUUUCUUGGCUUAAACUUUGCUUUGCUUGCUUUGCUUUGUUAUUACGUGCAUUUAAGCAAAAUUUGUCAUUGCUGUAUCUGAUACCUCCUGCCUUUCUGUAAAAGCCGUAUUUUAAAAUCUGCUCCUGUCAUGGCACCCUGCAGUAUUUUUAGUGUACCUCUCUGAAGCGUCUGCUCAUGAAGUUUUUAAUGUGAGGUGUAUUCUUGCACACAAAAUCAAAGGGUUUGAGUCUGACGGCUUCCAGUCGAAACACACGUGCCAAGGCGGGUAUUAAAAUUAUGUAAAUUAUCGUAGUUAAAUUCCACGGGAAAAUUUUGAAACCAUUAAAAGACAACAGAUUGAAAAUAAGGUUUCGUCCAUUCGUAUUUUUUUCUCUUUGAAAACGUCUACACGUAUCCGAAAUAAACAGUCACUGAAAACGAAACCUCCCUUUAGCGUGGAAAGUUUUGAAAACACCGUCUUGCGUAUGGGCAGAUGGGAAAAAAAAAUAAUAAUGACGUAAUCUGCGCAGUGUUAGGGUGGAUUUCCGCUGUCGCGUGAUUUUUAUUUACGUACGCGCAUAAAUAAAAUAGAGGCAAUGUAUGGAAAGUCGCGCCUACACAUAAAAGUUGAACCUCACUCAACUGAACGUGUUCCUCCCGCGACCUAACAUUGACUAGGGAGUUGAGUAAGUAGUUGCUUUGUUGAUAACCCAGUUUACAUUCAGGAUCUAACAAACCACUUAUUGAUUUUAAGGUUUUCAACCGGAGAAUUAACUCGUACUGAACAUGUACCAGUACCAAACGGGGAACCAAGCUCUGACGCGGAAUCCGACAGAGGCGAAUAUGCUAUUGAAAAUGCGCCUUUAAUUUCUUAAGUCUAAAAUCCCUUAGCCCCUUCACACGAGGCCGCAGGUGGGUCGAUCGGCAUUAAAAUCAGAGCUGAUAGGACUUUCGUCUGCUUGGAACCUUGGUCUGGAGUCACGAAGAGCUCUCGAGAAAAUACAUAUCCUAAGUUUUGACCUUUAACAAUAUCCUAGUGCUGUUAAACAAUGGUUAGGAUACAAAAAGAAAAUAGGAACAAAAAAAUUCUUGCAUGGAGUUAAACGUUGUAGAAAGUUACGUAAAAAGUCGAUCACAAUAAUUGGCCCCGAUAAAAAAAAAAGUAUUCUUGACAUAACCAAAUCACCCAACCCCGGUCUUUCCCAGUCAAAAUGUGGGCCCCGAAAAUUUAUGUAAGGAAGAUAAAAAAUAGACGAAAGUAUAGCUGUUAAACCAAUUCCGUUCCCCGGCUUUUCUCAUAGAAGAGCCAUUUCCUAACGUAAAAGCCCUGGGGACGACGGUGCUAUAGACCUUUCUAGCUUGUGUGUUUUGUUUUCCCAUACCAGACCACAAGAUCCUACCCCAGAGCACUGUUUCUUUCAAAUGAAGCGCAAUCCACAUGCACACGGGUGUAUAGCUAAUGAAAAGACAAAAGAGAAAUUCCCUUGAGAACAUCACGUGGUCUGAAUUGAGAAAAUGAAACUUUCAAGUUAAAAAGGUCUUUUAACCCAGUCUGUGAACAGGCC